GCUUCUUUCGUCGGCACAAGCAGCUGCUCGCUUCAGUCGGAGUCCACUAGAGAAAGUGUUAACAUCGCGUUCUGCUUGCUGCUCACGUGCGAACAAUUACUUGAGAAGCAUUCCACAUUGUUUUUCUAAUUUAAUGGUUAUUGGCGUCGCAUUGUCGCGAGUAGUUAUUCAAGUAUUUAAGAAGAUAAUAAGUGGCGUAAAACCUACACGUCAGCUGUGAAGUGAAAUAGAAAAAAAAUUUAUAUUUAUUGCUAGAAAGCAAAAGGAGAGAUUUAAAGCAAACAAAACAAGACAAAAGUCUGGAAUUGCUCAAGGUCAAAGCGGUGCUUAGAAAUCAAACGGAAUUACCUAUCAGUCGUGCCUGAUACCUAGCUGGAAGUAAGCGUGUGCUACAAAGAAAAAAUGCAAAAGGACCUGAAAAUCAUAUUAGGAGGGAUUUGCCUGAUUUUGGCGGUGCAUUGCAGUAAAGCGGAUCCUAAGCAGUUGGAGUGCUGGCACUGCAGCUCCGAAACAAUUGGCGCAGAGGAUUUCUGUACAGAGAGCUUCGAUGAGGAUGGUAUACCCGAUGAGGAGAUGAGAAGGGAACACAAUAUCAAUGUCUUACGCAACUGCAGCAGCACCACAAAUUCGGAGCAUGAACAAGCCGUCUGCCGUAAGACAGUUGAAGAGAUCAAUGGUAAAGUGGUCACAAAACGUUUCUGCUAUUACACCAACAAAUCCGAUUCGUUGGAUCGCUGCAUGGAAGAGCCAACCGAGAAGAAUGUGGUGCGGAUCUUCUGUCAGGAUUGUCAAAAAGAUCGCUGUAACGGCGCUGGCAAAGAAUUUAUCACUUGGCUGAGUCAACUGCUGCCACUGUUCUUGGCCAACUCCAUGCGCUUUUAAGUUCUAGAACGCUCGUGUGGCAGGAAGCGAUUGUUUGGGUUUUAACUUUUUGGGUUUUGUUAGCGUAGUGAAAAUUAGUUUCUUAAAUUUAGAUAAUUUUUUUAAGAAAUACACUUACUUUGUAAGUUUCGCCUGAUACUCAUGUCUCCGCUUAAGUUCUAGUAUAAGAUAGAUUGUUUUCAUGAUCUUUAAACUUUGUGCCAUUGAAUAGCCAUAAGUAUUUAUUUAGUAAAACUGAAACAAGUAUUAUUUGAGGAUAUCUUGAAAGACAUUUAAGGGGUUAGGUGUGGUCGGAGAUAUAAAGUAAUUGAGAUUUAAAAUUUUUUU